AAUAGAUACACAAUAACAUAAUACCGUCUCACUCACUCAUUCUCAUGCAUUACAUAUGAGAAAGGAAUCAGCCAAGAACUGUGCCCGCCUCGCUUCAUUGGUCCCCGUCAAAAUUCCUUUCUAAACCAAACUAGCAUUGUUGCAAUAGGCACCAAGUCAGCCAGUCACUGGUCAACUGGCCACUGGUAAAUUUCCUUAGACACAGUUUUAAUAAUGUGCCUCCCGCUACCUAGCAAGGGGGCGGAUUUGACAACCGCGUUAAUGAAGAAUCUCCUCUCGCAUCUUUUGGAUCUUCAAUCCACCACAGUCGAUAUCCUUAUCUUCUUUACCUUGGUCUCUUCAUACAUCCUCCCCUCGCUGCUCUGCUCUGUUGGCUUGCUGGACUGUCCUUCCCUUUCUUUUUGUAUUGGAUGGCUAGCAUCAUGAAGUGUGCUCUACACUAUAACACUUUUUGAAGAAACGGACAAGGUAGUUAGAAGCAUAGUAACGUCUUCUCUUCCUUGGCAAAUUGGGAAAAUCUUGGAAAUAGAAACCCUCCCAAAAAUCAUACGCUCUAUGGGUAUCACCUCGAUGCGGGACUCCCGUAGUCCUCGCGAAUGGUUAGCCAGCCUCCCGGAUUCUAGACUAUGCUCUAGAUUGCUUCGAUAUACCACAGUCGCCUUCAUAAUAUCCAUAGCUUUAUCUGGCAUCUUCCUAUUCCGGCGUCCAGAGGGCUUCCUGCGUGACACUCGCUCUCGUUAUUUCGACUACUUCUGGAAUCAGACCGCAAACCAUCCGAUCGAUCGAUUAAUCAGCGAUGCGCAUACUUAUCACGAGGACCUGCUCAAGCAGCGGAGCUUCGACCUCCCAACAGCUGCCGCCCGAUACCGCGACUCACGAGGGCGACAUCCACCCCCGGGCUUCGAUGCCUGGUUCAAGUAUGCGAAAGAUCACGAUGCGAUCAUUGUCGAGUCCUUCUUCGAUCGCAUUUACGCCGACACCGCACCCUUCUGGGGCCUCGACCCGCAAACGACGGCCGCGAGGGCCUCAUCGUGGGAACACGUCGUUCGUGUGCGCAACGGUGUCGCCAACGGCACAGGUAACACAGAGAAUAAGGUGCCCUGGUUACAACUUUGGACGGAACUGGUCGCCGAAGCUGCGCCGUGGUUGCCCGAUGUCGAUAUGCCUAUCAAUUACAUGGACGAGUCUCGAUUGAUUGUGCCGUGGGAGGAUGUAACGGGUCUGAUAACCAAAGAGCGAGCGAGUCGUGCGUUUAAGCCGAUAGAAGAAGUGGUAACGGAAUACAGCGGGCUGGCGAAAGUGGACGCUGUGAGCGACAGCGCCGAAACUUAUAAACCUGCGUGGCUUGGGGGGAAUUACUGGGACCUGACGCGGGUUGCCUGCGCUCCCGACUCGCCCUCCCGCAACGUCACACCAAUAGCAAACAUCGAGGAGCUACCCGUCUUCCCGCAGGACUGGAAUCCUGAUUUCUCGUACGAAGGCUACAUCCGGAACUUCACCGCUGCGACGGAUCCUUGCCUCCAACCCCACCUUCGCGGCAUGCAUGGCUCGUUCGUCGAACCCCUGACGAUGUCCACGAGCAAGGAGCUCAUACCAUUGUUCGGCGGAUGUAAACUGCCGAUGAACAACGAGAUCCUUAUCCCCGGUGCCAUGUAUCUGACGGCUGAUCCUUUCUAUUCUGGUGGGGAUUCCCAUGGUCCGGCUUGGAGCCAGAAGACCGAUGGCAUUGUGUGGCGGGGUGUGGCAUCCGGAGGUCGCAACAAGAGGGAGAAUUGGGCACAUUUUCAGCGGCAUCGGCUUGUCGAAAUGCUGAACGGAACGACUGUUGCACAAAUGGAAAAGAACAACGCACGCACCAUGACUUUCGAGAUGCCACCGCUCGAAAAGUACGACUUCCCGCGACGGCGAGAAGGCACCAUUGGUGCCUGGCUGAGGAAAUUCUCCGAUGCUGGAUUUGUGAACCUCCUCUGUUUCCCGGCAGAUAACUGCUCCUACGUGGAGCCGUACCUAUCGAAAGUGGGCAGCAUCCCCAUGAAGGACCAGUACAAGUACAAGUUUAUGCCCGACGUAGACGGAAACAGUUUCAGCGCUCGAUUCAGAGGGUUCCUCUUGUCGACUUCGCUGCCUAUCAAGGCCACCGUCUACUCGGAAUGGCACGACGACCGUAUCGUUCCCUGGCUGCAUUUUGCCCCCAUGGACAACACCUUCCAGGACUUAUACGCCAUCCUCGAUUACUUCACGCGAGAUGGGAAGGGCGACAAGUCCGCGCGAUUCAUUGCCGAGGAAGGCAGAGCGUGGGGUGCCAAAGUUCUUCGACGAGAAGAUAUGUUGCUCUACGUGUGGCGAUUGCUCCUCGAAUUUGCGCGUAUAUGUGACGAGAAACGGGAUAUGCUUGGAUAUAUAGAUGAUUUAAAAGAAGUAAAAACGGCGUAAUGGACAUAUACCUACCUACCUACGAAGGCACAUACAGAGUAUAUAGUAUGUACAAACAACAUAUACCUUUUAUUUAGUUUAUUUUGCAUAUCGAUGGUAUACCCAAUAUAGUUAAUGCAUACUUGGUAUCUGCCUA